UGGGCCUCGGGGCAGACACAGAGGAGCGGUUGGUGGAGCAUCUCCUAAACCCAGCCCACUACAACAAACUGAUCCGUCCUGCGACUAAUGGCUCCGAGCUGGUUACUGUGCAGCUGAUGGUGUCAUUGGCACAACUCAUCAGUGUGCACGAAAGAGAACAGGUGAUGACCACCAACGUCUGGCUAACACAGGAGUGGCAGGACUAUCGUCUGACUUGGGUCCCUGAGGAGUUUGAUGGAAUGAUGAAGGUCAGGCUGCCCUCAAAACACAUCUGGCUGCCUGACGUGGUGCUCUACAACAAUGCUGAUGGGGUGUACGAGGUGUCGUUCUACUCUAACGCAGUGGUCUCAUACGACGGCAGUAUCUUCUGGUUGCCACCGGCAAUCUAUAAGUCUGCCUGUAAGAUCGAGGUCAAGCACUUCCCCUUUGACCAGCAGAACUGCACACUGCGCUUCCGCUCCUGGACGUACGACCGCACUGAGAUUGAUUUGGUGCUCCGUGCUGACGUGGCCAGCAUGGACGACUUCACGCCAAGCGGAGAGUGGGACAUCAUCGCCCUGCCAGGUAGACGAAACGAGAACCCAGCCGACCCCACCUACGUGGAUAUCACGUACGACUUCAUCAUUCGCAGAAAGCCUCUUUUUUACACCAUCAACCUCAUCAUCCCAUGCGUGCUCAUCACCUCGCUGGCAAUCCUGGUCUUCUACCUCCCGUCUGACUGUGGAGAGAAGAUGACGCUCUGCAUCUCCGUGCUGCUGGCGCUCACUGUGUUCCUGCUGCUGAUCUCCAAGAUCGUCCCACCCACUUCACUGGACGUCCCUCUCGUGGGGAAGUACCUGAUGUUCACCAUGGUCCUGGUCACUUUCUCUAUCGUCACCAGUGUAUGUGUGCUCAAUGUACACCACCGCUCGCCCACCACACACACCAUGCCCCCUUGGGUUAAACUGGUGUUCCUCAACAAGCUUCCUGCUUUGCUCUUCAUGCGCCAGCCCAGGAACAGCUGCGAGCGCCAGCGGCUGCGCCAAAGAAGGAGGGCCCAGGAACAGAGGGAGGGUGGGCGCAGUGGGGAAGCAGGGGCUUUGAUGGUGGGGCUCGGCCUGGGCAGUGCUGGAGGGAACGGAGGGGGAACCACCACAGGGGUGUUCGGCAAGGAGGACAGUGACCCUUGUACCUGCUACGUGAACCGGGCUUCUGUUAAACAGUUUGGAGGAGAUCUGGGAGGUGCAGGAGGGGGAUCCAUGGACGGGCUGAACAGGGUGAGGGAAGGACGGGAAGGGGGAUCUGGAAACCUGCCACGGGGGAAGCAAGCAACAGGAGGUCCUGCUCUGACUCAGGCCCUGCUGGCUCAAGCCUGUCCGGGCUUUGAGGAGGCUGUGGAAGGAGUACGUUUCAUCGCCAACCACAUGAAGAGUGAGGAUGAUGAUCAGAGUGUGAGCGAGGACUGGAAAUACGUUGCCAUGGUGAUUGACCGGCUCUUCCUGUGGAUCUUCGUGUUUGUGUGCGUGUUCGGCACAUUGGGCAUGUUCAUGCAGCCGCUUUUCCAGAAUUACACAGUCAAGACCAUCACCAGCUCGCCUGGCUGACCGAUCGCUGACAGCGAACACAAUGACGGACAGCUCCCCCAACCAGUCAGCACAGCAGGACAAGGGCUGGAGGUGGUAGGGGGGCAGGUCUUGGUUUUAUUGUCUGUUGAACUGGAACCAGAACUGGAACUGAACAGCAAUCACGCCCAUUACCUUUAUAGUAACGUUUUUUGCAACGAACAACAGUUUUUCUUGUAUGAAGAGAAAAAGGAAAACACCAUCAUACUUAUACCUGCAGUUUUUUGUCCAUAUGUUAAAUGGACUGACCUCCCCUUUCUGGUGGAAAGGUCCCUCCCUGCUCUCCUCUUCAGCCAGUCAAGGAGCGAAGAUGUUCUGAUUUGCUCUUUGUUGAACCUCAAGGCAAUCAACACUUUCUGCUUGACGCUGACUGCUUAAUUGACACAUGACAUGCCCGCCUUCAACUAUGACAUUACUCAUUCAUAAUAUUGACUGAUGUCAGGAGCUAAUCAGAAAGGGAAGGGAGGUUCAUAUCAAGGUUCUUAUACAUUUAUUUUAUUUUUUCAGAAAUCCACUAUGUCAGUGAACUGAUUCAGUAUAUUUUAUCAUAGCAUAGCGGCUUACCACAGUAUAGCAUUAGGAAUAUAUUAUUAAGAUUUCUCUAUGUGUUAGCUCAUGCAAGGGUCUGUUGGUGGUAGAGAGGCUACGGUGUGUUGUAUGAUUGUAUAGAUUAAACAAGAAUGUGAUAUAAACUGUAUACACAGCCUGUGAUGCGCACACUAACACAAUAUGUGUACAAGCGACAGAUUGUGAUGGAACAUACAUAGAGGGGACUUGAAUUAAACAAAGAACCAGGUUGCAUUAUUAGAUGAAAGUCAAAAGGAUAAAGUAAUAGAUUAUGCAUGGACAGUUUUUUGCUUAGAGAGUUGUGCACAUUAAGUAGAGAACAGCAGCAGCCUGCUGUGACAGGGUGCGCAGCUGCAGUGAGAUGAGUCUAGCUCCUACGAAACUGAGGAAUCACAGCCAAGAUGGUGGAUAGGACCUCCUGUAUGAUGGGCCGUGGUUUCUCCAAGAUGGAGUAUUUAGAGCUCAGUUGAGAUGGCGCAAAGAUCAGUAUUGGAAAAAGUUACAUGUACAUCAAAUUAUAUUGAUAGAAGGAUGGGAAUUUUAUCAUGGAAAUUAAGCUAUUGUGAGUAUUAAUAUGUAAUUUCAUAUUUCAGUAUGUAAUGUUCAGAGCAUAUGUAUACAUGUAUGCGUGUGUGUAUGUAUGUGUAUGCGUGCCC